GUCCUAGGCGCGAUGCCAAUAUGCAGGGAGGAGCACAGCAUUGUCUCGCUUAUAUCAUUAACAAAGCAGUCCCCGGGUCGGGACGUUGACCAUAGCUUUAUAAGUCCACGGAUAACCGGGAAAUAGUACCAGGCUUCUAUUUACAAGAUCCUUGUAUCGUUUAUCCCGGAUAGUGGCGACUAUUAUAUGCCUGGGAUUUCUCUUAUGAUGCCGCCGAUACUUGAGAUGAGGUUUGGUAAGCAGAACCAGCGGCACAUAACGGAUGCACUGAAAGAAUUGACGCCCUUCGGGCGUUUUAAAGUAUUAUGGUGUUCAUGCUGCCUGAUGUUUCUUAAGAUAAACAAGAAUCACCGACAUCCAUACAGAGAGCAAUUAAAUUGUGACAGAAAGGGAGCAGGCUGUCAUUAUGUUUUAACGGAACCUAGCAAGAUGAGCUUUGAGUAGUCAUUAAUUAUUUAUUUGGAAGCAACGGAGACGAAUCAAUAGUGUAGUAUUAUUGGCCAGUCGAAUUCCGAGUACUCUGCCUCCAUCACGGUUGUCGGAUCUUCCAAUAUAACCAUCAUUAUGAGCCUAGGUUACGCGUAACCAAGAAACAAGCCGCUUUUAUAUUACAGUCGUUAUUUUAAUAUAUGGUUUAUACGUUUGCAGACAUUUUGCCAUAAAUAUACCUACUUUGAGUGCGCUUUUAUAUGAGUAUAUUAAUGCACAGUAACAGUUGUCACGUACCCGAGUGUUGCAAGCCACACCUCUACCCGUCGCACUAUAAAACGGAUCGGUUAGCCGCAUUCACCAUGCUUGGAUCUUAUCACGAAUACGAAUCGCCCUCCAAUAUCACGAUUUGAUACACACAGAGCCAUUGCCGUUAACGCAUCCACCAAGCAAAGACAGUGGACAUCAGGGUGCGUACUCCGAUUCUGCCGACGAUGUCAACUCGGAUAUCCGAGCCCUCCGACAAUUCACGUACAGCAAAAGCAGAACAUGGCGUGAUGAUUCUAGCACUUGUUCCGUAGCCCGGGCCGCAUGGUACAUAUUACUUGAAUAGACAAGGGAUAUAUCCGUUUACAGGUCAAUCACGCUCACAAAGCUUCCAGUGGCUUCUGCGGUGAGCGACUACAGUACCUUCCUAGCGGCCUUAGUGUCUGUGUAUGACAUCAACACACCCGGCGAGAGCCGCCCGCACAGUCCGAUGUCCAAUGUGCACUGUAUUCCCAAUAUAUUUCCUGCGCUUAUUUACAGUGUGUAUCCACUACUUACACUGUAUUUUGCCACGGCCCCCAGCGCUUAGGCGCACGCCUCCGGGGCUUAUUUUUCCAGGUACCGCCGCCGCCGCACGCAAGCGUGAACCCCUCCAUCGGGCUGCCCCUCAUUGCGCCAUAACUUUUGAAUUCCAAAUUCCCAAUUGCUACUAUAAUUGUCACGCUCAUCCCAACCUUUUCUCCAACUCCAUCUACCAACAACACCACACACUUCUCUUCUUCUCACACAACAACAACCCCAAACCACAAAUCGCCCAUCAUGUCUGCCCUCAAGGUUGGAGAUAGCUUCCCCCAGGACGUCAGCUUCACCUGGAUCGCUCCCUCUCCCGAGAACAGCGAGUUCAGCGCCUGUGGCAUUCCCCAGAAGUACAACGCCAGUGAGAUCGCCAAGGACAAGAAGAUUGUCAUUGUUGCCGUCCCCGGCGCCUUCACUCCCACCUGCUCUGCCAACCACGUCCCCGGCUUCAUUGCCAAGGCUGAGGAGCUCAAGGCCAAGGGCAUCGACCAGGUUGUCUUCAUUGCCCACAACGAUGCCUACGUCAUGUCUGGCUGGGGCAAGGCCAACAAGAUCAACGACGAGUUCAUUAUCUUCGCUUCCGAUGACGAGACCAAGUUCUCUUCUGCUCUCGGCUGGACUCUCGGUCCCCGUGCUGCCCGCUACGCCAUCGUCGUUGACCACGGCAAGGUCACCUACGCCGAGAAGGAGGAGGCUCCCAGCGGUGUCAGCGUCUCUGGCGCCGAUGCCGUUAUUGCUAAGCUGUAA